AUGAACACUCUUGAGCUGUUCGAGUUCCCGGAUUUCAAGGGACAAUCUGAGUCUAUAAAGGAAGACACUGCCAACCUGAGAGAUGUUGGAUUCCUGAAGAAAGCCCAAUCUCUCAAAAUCAAUGGAGAACCAUGGUUUCUCUUCAGUGAAGCGGGUUAUAAAGGGCAGUUUAGAUGCUUCAAACCCGGAAACUACAGCUCAAUCCCAGCAUUUCAGAAGAACAUCUGCUCUGCCCGACGUGUGAAGGGCGGUCUGUAUAAUCCCAAGAUUACUCUGUAUGAGCACAUCUACUAUGGGGGCCGACCUGUCACCCUGGAGAAGCCUACAGAUUCCCUUCAAUCCUACGGAUUUGAUGACAUGGCUUCAUCACACAAGCAGGUCAGCGGGGCCUGGAUCCUGUAUGCUGGGGAGUAUUACACAGGGGAUCAGAUAGUCGCCCUGGCAGGAGAUGAAAUUUCAGAUUAUCGCAAAAUUAACUGGAAUGAUAAAGCAAGCUCCCUGAAGCCUGUGCUGCCUUAUGAAGUUUAUAAUGCUCCUCCCAUGUGA